AAGAAGCAGCGCCUAAUGUUAUUUAUUUCUUGCGUGGCGAGUGGAUGAGCAGAAAACGCUCACAUGCAGAAGUCGGGGAAACCUGCGCCACGCCUGCCCCGCCGCGCGCACCUGAGCGUGGGGGGCGCCCGGUCCCCUCACCUGGGGCACAGGGGGCAGGUCUGACGGUCGGGGUCGCUGCGCGGGGUGAGCCACCCGGAGAAAUCGGGCCCCAAACCUGAGUUGAGCAGAGCACCCAGCCCCUUUGUCUCCUCCGCCCCCCCUUCCCCACUUCCUGCCCAGCUUUAAACUCGGGAUUGGCGGCGCGGCGCCGACUUUGUAAACACGCCGCGCCUGCGGCGGUGGAGACUGGUUCUGUUUGGGCGUCUGGGGGAGGGGUGCACGCCCCUCCCCGCGGCUGGAGGUGGCGACCCCCCACCUCGCCAAAGACAGAAACCAGAGGCGGCGGCGGGAGAGUGUCUGCGGCCACGGCCAGUGCUCCGGGGGGCUCACCUGCCGAGGAGGUGUGUGAGGAGCAGCGCUGUGAGGAGGAAGUCUUCCCCCUGGCCAUGAACUACCUGGAUCGCUACCUGUCCUGCGUCCCCACCCGCAAGGCGCAGUUGCAGCUCCUGGGUGCGGUCUGCAUGCUGCUGGCCUCCAAGCUGCGCGAGACUACGCCCCUGACCAUCGAAAAACUGUGCAUCUACACGGACCACUCUGUCUCUCCCCGCCAGCUGCGGGAUUGGGAGGUGCUGGUCCUGGGGAAGCUCAAGUGGGACCUGGCCGCUGUGAUUGCCCAUGAUUUCCUGGCUCUGAUUCUCCACCGGCUCGCUCUGCCCCGUGACCGACAGGCCUUGGUCAAAAAGCACGCCCAGACCUUUUUGGCCCUCUGUGCUACAGAUUACACCUUUGCCAUGUACCCGCCAUCCAUGAUCGCCACGGGCAGCAUUGGGGCUGCAGUGCAAGGCCUGGGUGCCUGCUCCACAUCUGGAGAUGAGCUCACGGAGCUGCUGGCUGGGAUCACAGGCACUGAAGUGGACUGCCUGCGGGCCUGUCAGGAGCAGAUCGAAGCUGCCCUCAGGGAGAGCCUCAGGGAAGCCGCCCAGACCUCCCCCAGCCCAGCGCCCAAAGCCCCCAGGGGCUCCAGCAGCCAGGGGCCCAGCCAGACCAGCACUCCCACAGAUGUCACAGCCAUCCACCUGUAGCCCUGGAGAGGCCCCCUCGAGUGGCCACCAACAGCAGAGGAGGGGACACUGCCACCCCCUCUCCUCCCUGCCUGCAGGAACGAACCAUGCCACAGCCGAAGCCCGAGGGGGCUCCUUCUUACUCGCCCCUCGCAAGCCGAAGGGCCAGGUCCUACCUAUCCUUGCAGCGUGCACUAAGGGCCCAGCCGGCUGUGCUGGUGGCCAGUCAGGCUCCUCCUUCUCCCCGCAUCUGACUCUGCUCCUUCCCAUUCCACUAGGGGUGGGCCAGACUGGCCAGAGAUGAAAUUGCAGUAGGUAAAAUACAUGCACCAGCAUUCCUUCUGGGGGACCCCAUAUCCUGGGGCUCUCGUGUUCUCGACUGCCAAAACCCUCUGAUGCCUUGUAAAGGUGCUGCACCCUCUAGUUACUGCAUUUGGAUUGGAGUCUUUCUGCAGAACCUUCAGAUGGUGCGAGGGGAGUCUGGAGAAGUCCUCGCAAGGCACUUGGAGGCCCCUGCGUAAUCCAUGUCCCCAGCUGCUCCUGGGGGAGGGGCCCCAGCUUCUGUCCGACUCCCUUGCUUGGCUUUUUGCUCAGCUUCUCCUGUGUGAUUUGGGGGCCGGGGGGAGAAGGUCAGUGCUAAAGGAAGAGGUUUUAAUUUAUUAAUUGCUUUAAGUACAACUAUAAGAAGGUGUGGUGGGCCCCUCUACCCCGAGCGGUGGUAACCCUGGUGGUUGCUGCAUCCCUCCCCUCUGCUGCUGCUGGCUCGAGGAUCUUUGUGGCCAAGGAGCUGCUACAGCCUGGGAAGGGCCGUGCCCUCCUCUCCCUCUGGCCCAUCCUCGGGGUGGGGGGGGAGGUGAAGCAGGGAUGACCUGGAGGUGACGGCCCCCGACUGGAGAGGGAGGCAAGCCCUGUUGACACAGGUCUUUCCUAAGGCCACAAGGUCCAGGCUGGUGGCCCAGGACCAUCAUGCUAUGUUAAUAAAAAUUCUGGAAUAAAACUGGCUUUGGCUUCUUGGGAUGGAUGGUGGGCUGGGCAAAAGCUGAUUUCCAGAUUGCGUGGGAUAAAGAGGGUCCUGAGCAGGAGCUUCCAAGCCUCUUCCAUGAAGGGCCAGAGGACCUUAGGCUUUGUGGGCUCCGUGGUCUCUGCCCGAGUCAGUGCUGCUUUAUAGUGCAGUGUCCGUGUUCCUAAAAAUCACCGCACCAUACAAAACUGCACGGCAAAAACCAGAGCUUAUGGGAAAAAUGGGCCUUGAAGCACCAUCCUCAACAACUUAUUGAGUGACACUGUCUUGCAAAAAGGAAAGAGGAGGAGUUCCCUUAUGGUGCAGUGGGUGAAGGAUCCAGGGCUUGGGUCGCUGUUGUGGCACAGGUUUUGACCCCUGGCCCAGGAACCUCUGUGCCAAAAAAAUAAAGAGAAAGGAAAGAGGAGAGCAUUUUUACACAUUAAAUGGUUAAGAAGCAAACGCCUCAAGUCUGCUGCUGAGCGUGGAGGUGGGAAGGAUGGAGGAUGUGGAAGGCAGGUGCCACCAGGCAUGGGCGUAGCUAACAGCCACAAGGUGAACUGGGGGCGCUAGCACAUGUCUCAGGUGUGUGUGUUUUGUGGACUAUCUGGUUUGGCUCAGUUGGGUAGUUUUUUUGCUUUCACCUGGUGUUUCUCAGAGACAAAGCUGCGUAUCAACAUGAAACUUGCUUUAUGAUCAGAUUCCGCCCAAAUACAUUCAUCACGUGAAAAACUCACGUUUUUCAAAAGCAAAUAGUGUUAGCCAGAUUCAACUCCCUGCUGUAGCAGGAAAGCAGCCAGAGAAACAUGGGCAUGACUGUGUCCUAAUUAAACUUUAUUUAUGG